AUGGCGGCGCAGGAGGACCGCAGCCGGCAGCAGGAGGACAUCGAGGAGCUGGAGACCAAAGCCGUGGGUAUCUCCCCCGACGGCCGCUUCCUCAAGUUUGACAUCGAGAUUGGAAGGGGCUCGUUCAAAACGGUCUACAAAGGGUUGGACACCGAGACCACGGUGGAGGUCGCAUGGUGUGAGCUGCAGGACCGGAAGCUGUCCAAAUCGGAGCGGCAGAGGUUUAAAGAAGAAGCUGGGAUGCUGAAAGGGCUCCAGCACCCUAAUAUUGUUCGGUUCUAUGAUUCCUGGGAGUCUACAGUGAAGGGAAAGAAAUGUAUUGUUCUUGUGACAGAACUUAUGACAUCUGGAACCCUGAAAACGUAUUUGAAAAGGUUUAAAGUGAUGAAAAUUAAAGUACUAAGAAGCUGGUGCCGUCAGAUACUAAAGGGCUUGCAGUUCCUGCACACUCGCACGCCCCCUAUUAUCCACAGAGACCUAAAAUGUGACAACAUCUUCAUCACUGGCCCCACUGGAUCAGUCAAGAUAGGAGACCUGGGUCUGGCAACCUUGAAACGAGCUUCCUUUGCCAAGAGUGUAAUAGGUACCCCAGAGUUCAUGGCUCCCGAGAUGUAUGAGGAGAAAUACGAUGAAUCCGUUGAUGUAUAUGCUUUUGGAAUGUGUAUGCUAGAGAUGGCCACGUCUGAAUAUCCUUAUUCUGAGUGCCAAAAUGCCGCGCAGAUCUACCGUCGAGUGACCAGUGGAGUCAAGCCAGCCAGCUUCGAUAAAGUAGCAAUUCCUGAAGUGAAGGAGAUAAUUGAGGGAUGCAUUCGGCAAAACAAAGGUGAAAGAUAUGCUAUCAAGGACCUUUUGAACCAUGCUUUCUUCCAGGAAGAGACUGGUGUGCGGGUAGAACUAGCAGAGGAAGAUGAUGGAGAGAAAAUAGCUAUCAAGCUCUGGCUACGCAUUGAAGAUAUCAAGAAACUUAAGGGCAAAUAUAAGGAUAAUGAGGCAAUAGAGUUUUCCUUUGAUCUGGAAAGAGAUGUCCCAGAGGAUGUAGCACAAGAAAUGGUGGAAUCGGGGUACGUAUGUGAAGGGGAUCACAAAACAAUGGCUAAAGCCAUCAAGGACAGAGUGUCUCUCAUCAAACGAAAGCGAGAGCAGCGUCAGUUGGUGCGCGAAGAGGAGGAGAAAAGAAAACAAGAAGAAAACAGUCAGAAACAACAAUUGGAACAACAGCUACAGGCAAAUGCUGCUCAGGCAGGGGUAAAACAUCCACCAUUGGUUACUGGCACCACUUCUAUCCCUACUACUUCUGCCUCAGUUUCCACACAAGUAGAGCCUGAGGAACCAGAGGCAGAUCAGCACCAACAGCUACAGUAUCAACAACCUAGCAUAUCAGUUCUGUCUGAUGGGACAGCUGACAGUGGACAGGGGUCAUCAGUUUACACUGAAUCAUGUGUGAGUAGCCAGCACACUGUGUCAUAUGGUUCACAGCAUGAACAGGCUAUCCCAACAGCUACGAUUCAGGGGUACACACCUUCAGUUGGUCAAGUGCAGUCACAACAGCCUGGAGGCUAUCAGCCACCCACAGUGCCUCAACGUGGUCGUAGCAUGUCAGUUUGUAUCCCCCAUCUUUCUGCUGUUCCCUUUUUGUCCUGCAUCCCUCCCAGUGCUCCUUCCACCCCACCGCCAGCGCUGUCUGCACCUCUUUCUCCUUCCUACCUUCGGACUGCCCCUGAAGAAACCUUUGCAGAAAAGCUUUCUAAAGCCCUGGAGAGUGUCCUGCCCAUGCACUCUGCCUCUCCACGCAAGCACCGACGCUCCAGCCUGCCAUCCCUCUUUAUCAGCCCCCCUCAGUCCAUGGUGCAUCCACGUGGGGGAACACCAAUGUUCCCAGAUUCACAGAUAUUUUUCCCUACCGUUCAUGAACGGCCAGUGUCUUUCUCGCCACCACCUGUUUGCCCGCCAAAGGUGGCAGUUGCUCAGCGGCGCAAGAGCACUUCUUUUCUGGAAGCCCAAACCUGCCAUUUCCAGCCCUUGCUGAAGACUGGCCAAAAUUUAGCUCCCCCAGGUGGUAGUCCAACAAACUGGACCUCAGAGGCAGUGGUUAUGCUGGGCACACCUCAUAGGGUCACUGGAGAGCCACUGCAUGUACAAGUCAAUCCAGUGUUUGAGCCUGCUCCAGUGUAUAGUGACUGCAGAUCUGGUCCAGCACCUCCUGAGGAUGCUCACUAUAGAAUGCAUCCAGAAGCAGUGUAUUUAGUGGGCAUGCACUAUCCACCGCAGUUGCAGGAGCACUAUGAUACAAUGGCAUAUAAUUCCCAGGGGACUGAACAGCAUUUGAAACAGGUGCCUGAACAGAAGCAUGUGCAAGGUGGCCUUCCCCAGAGCUCUGCUUUUGACUACCAAUCUGGGCAGACAUUCCUGGCAAGACCCUUUCAGACACUAAGACUGGAUUCUGGGAUGGGCCCUCUUUCACCAUUAUCGAGUGCUUCAGCUCCAUUAAGUGCAGAUUCCACACAGAUGAAGUUCCACCAGGUAUUUGUUCCACAUUCUGCUCCUGCUGUGCUAACCCACAGUGGUGAUGGGAGAGCAAGCUGUGUCUUUGAGUUCCAUGUGCACACGCCAAGUUCUGCUCCAGGAGAAGGGGGAGUCUUACCCCAGCGUGUCUACAGAAGCCGUUGUGGCUCCAUGGAUUUUAAUCAGGAGGAGUCCACUCAAAGCAUAGGGCUGCAUGGUCGUCUUCAGCCUGUGACAGAGGAGCAGUGUAACUACCUUGGUCCUGAGCUAACAGUGUCUAGAGGAGGAUCUUUCAGACGGAGCUGGCCAGAAGGAAGCCCAGAAUACUCAAGUGACUCAUCACAGCUGACUUCAUCGGAUAUUGGCGAUUUCCAGUCUCCUCCUCCUGCAGGGCAGUCUUCUACAGCCUUUGCUUCAGACUUCUCAUUCCCCAUUGUUCAGCUGCCUCAGAAGGUAUUGCAAGAGUCGCAGCUCUUCAUCUGCUUCCCACAGGGAGCCUCAGCUCAGCAAGCCUUGUCCACCUUGCUUUCAUCAGGACCAUCUGCACUCUAUCCUCAGAUGCAGGUGCAAGGCCAGGCAGCUUCCAGUACUGUAUCAGGUGGUGUGCCAUCCCAGCCUACCCCGCUCACUCAGCAGAGUGCACAGCAGCUACCUGCUCCCCAGCAAACGGGACAGUUUCAGUUGCAGCAGCCACCAGGUUCCAGUGGAGGUGCCCCAACACAGUCUGUUACUCAAACCCAGGCUCCACAGAUCAUGCCAAUGCCUCAGGCACCAGUUGGGUCACAGCUUCCUGUUUCCCAACCAGUACCGAUCAUCCAAGGCGAGCCUCAGUUACCUGUUGCAGCAUCUUCUCUCCCUCAACCAUCAGUUGCCCCAAACAUCCCUGUUGGUUCUCAUUAUAUCCCUGUGGGACAACCCUUGCCAACUUCCCUGCUCCCCCAGUUCUCAGCGUCUCAGCUGCCCAUGGCAGCACCUCAUGUGUCAGUGGCUCAGCCAGGUUUCCAGUCUCUGCCCAUGUCUAUGCCAGCUGCCAUUAAUCAGCCACUACUCACUCUAGCCACAUCUGCUGCAGCAGCUGCUAUCCCUGUAGGAUCAACUGUUGUCCCUAGCCAGCUUCCUACGCUUCUGCAGCCUGUGGCCCAGCUGCCCAGCCAGGUUCUCCCACAGCUCCUGCAGCCAGCUGUUCAGUCCGUGGGAUUGCAGGCCAGCCUUGGACAAGCUGCUGAAGCUUCACUUCCAGCUGGAGAUGCUUUGUACCAGGGCUUCCCAUCUCGGUUGCUGCCGCAAUACCCAGGAGACUCAAAUGUUGCUCCCUCCUCUGCUGUGGCCUCUGUUUGCAUCCCUUCUGCAGUACUGUCCCCUCCCAUACCCACUGAUGCAUUGGCUCAGCCAGGCUACCUUACGGCAGUGGUUCAGCCUUACGUGGAACAAAACGUUUUAGUUCCUUUGGGUGGUGUAGGAGGACAGGUCCAAGUGCCCCAACCUACAGUGAGUUUAGCACAGCAGGUCUCAGCUGCAUCCUCACAGCAGGCAGCCUUAGAGCAGAAUGUCAUGCCAGUGUGGGGACCUUGUUGCCACUGGUUGUUCUGUUGGGAAGGGGUUUCUCAGGCUUCUGUUCCAGAGUCUCUACCACCAACACAGCAACCUCCUGCACAAACUACUCCAUUGACUUCUUCUAUGGACAGUGCCCAUUCUGAUGUUGCUUCAGGUAUGAGUGAUGGCAAUGAGAACGUUCCAGCAUCUAGUGGGAGACACGAAGGGCGGACUACCAAACGGCAUUAUCGGAAGUCUGUACGCAGCCGCUCUCGCCAUGAGAAGACUGCUAGGCCAAAAUUGAGAAUUCUUAAUGUUUCAAACAAAGGUGAUCGAGUGGUGGAGUGCCAGCUAGAGACACACAAUCGGAAAAUGGUUACUUUCAAAUUUGACUUGGAUGGUGACAACCCUGAGGAAAUAGCAUCAAUUAUGGUACAGAAUGAAUUUAUCCUAGCGACAGAGAGAGAUUCAUUUGUAGAGCAAGUGCGAGAGAUCAUUGAGAAAGCGGAUGAAAUGCUUAGUGAGGAUGUUGGUGUGGAGCUAGAAGGUGACCAGGGGUUGGAAAGUGCACAGGCAAAAGAUGACAGCUUCUACCCAGGAACCCAGAAACUGGAGGGGGAAUUCAAACAGCCUUCUAUGCCCCAAAGAAUAGGUGUGCCCCCUAGCUCCUUCACCCAAGUUGUCCAUUCUGCUGGAAGACGAUUUAUUGUCAGUCCUGUCCCAGAGAGUCGGUUAAAAGAACAGACGUUUUUCACCACUGGUAUUCCCAUAGGAAAGGAAAUUCCAGAUGUGGUUGCUGCCUCUCCAUCCCAUGGUCCUGGGAUGAACCUCUCUCACUCUGCAUCAUCACUCAGCCUGCAACAAGCCUUUUCUGAGAUCAGACAUGGUCAAAUAACUGAAGGACCCAGCACAGCUCCUCCAGUUUUUAACCAAACUGUACCACCGUUUCCACCUGCAAUUACUAGCAUGGCUGGAGGCCAACAGCCUUCAUUGGUGACUCCUUCGGCAUCUGUCCCCUCGACCACUGGCAUUUCUCUUCCAGUAACUCAAUCUGUUAUAUUGUCUGCAGAACAAGUGACGUCUGGAGUGGCACCAAGCACAGGUGUAUCUGAUUCUAGUCCUCCACCAUCGCAGUCUGGGCAGCAAAUAGCUGGAGUGACUUCCAGCAUUAGUGCACCUGCUUCUUUUUCAGUAGCUACCACUUCACAGACUGCCCAGAUGACUGGAGAAAUUAUCCCUAGCGUCAGCAUGCCUGCUUCCUUAGCACAAACACAGCAGAUUUCUGGAGUGGCUGCCCUUGUUAGUCUGCCGGGUGCUGUACCUCCACCUGCAACAUCUCUGUCUGUUCAACAGAUUGGUAGUACUGCAGCUCCAGCAGCUCCACAAAUGUCUAUCCCAGCUAUAGUUCAGAAUGUGGUUUCACAGCCUUCUCAGCUGAGUAGCAGUAGCUGUACCCUCAGCCAGGCAGAAACAGUUGUUGUUAGUGCACCGCAACCUGAGAGUACACAAAUAGUAGAUAAAUCACAGCUCUGCAGUGCAUCUGGGCUGUCCCUUCCUAUCUCUGCACCAUUGUCCUCAGCAGUAGUGUCAAGUAUGUCCAGUUCCUUCACUCAGCCAGCAGUGGCACAUCCUUUACUCAUCCCAUCGGCACUUGUACCAACACCCAUUUUACCCCAAGCAGUAGGUGCAGUCUCAACACCUGUAUUGCCUCAAGUUCCUUUACUUGGCAUCCUCCCACAGCCAGUUGCAAACCUGCCUGCAGUACAGCAGACUUUGAUACACAGUCAGCCUCAACCAGCUCUACUACCCAAUCAGCCUCAUACGCACUGUCUUGAGGCAGAUGUUGACACGCAGCCUAAAGCACCUGGUAUUGAUGACAUAAAGACCCUGGAAGAAAAGCUACGAUCUCUCUUCAGUGAACAUGGCAAUAUUGGAGCAACUCAUCCGUCAGUAUCUCUAGAGUCAUCACUAGUAAUGGAGACUCCACUCAUCCCUGGCAUACCAACCACUGCUGUUGCACCAACUAAGCCCAUGACAUCCAUCAGCACUUCUCUACCACCUACGAGUUUGCCCCUUGGACCAACUGGUUUAGUGGCAAUGACACCAGUAGCCACACCUGGGCAAGUAGGAACCCCAGUCAGCUAUGUUUCAGCACAAGGCAGCAUUGCAGCAGCACCAGUGAAACCAGGGACUCCUCCCUCAAAACCACCUCUUAGCAGGGUACCGGUGCUACCAGUAGGUCCUGAACUUCCAGCUGGCACUCCAUCCAGUGAGCCGCUGCCACCCUUUCCAGGACCUUCACUAACUCAGUCCCAGCAGCCACUGGAAGACCUGGAUGCUCAGCUAAGAAGAACCCUCAGUCCAGAGACUGUCCCAGUAACAUCUGCUCCUGCCUGUCCUGUGCCAGCAGUUACCGCUCCAGUAACCGUUGUAGCAGCGUCUGCACCUACACAGCCCCUAAAAGAUGCAUCACAGAGUGCAGAGAGCAGUGCUGCGACCACCACUGCAGGGACUGGAGUUCUUAAGAUGGGCCGAUUUCAGGUGUCUGUGGCAACUGAUGACAUGCUGAAACCUCAAGAAACUAAACCUGUGCACUUUGAGACAACCUCCUCUGAUUCUUCUUUGUCUGGCAGUAGUCCAGAGAGUACUCUGGUGAAGCAGACUUCCAGUCAGCCAAUGGAGACUGUCAUUGGCACUUCUGUGGAUGUGGUAGACAGUGUUCUUGCUCAGCCAGUUCCUGCCACACAGUUGCCAUCAGAGGUUGGGCAGCCAACUAAAGUUGGGCGCUUUCAGGUGACGACAACAACAGACCAAGUGGGUCGCUUUUCUGUUUCUAAGACCCAAGAUUUGGUCACCUGUGGGGAGAAAGAGCUUCUUUCUGUGGACUUGGAGCAAGUUUCUUCUCCAGGCCUGACUCCAAAGAAAGGUGUACCAGAGUUGAUAGAACCAGAGCAGUCUCCGCAUGUAAAUGGACCAUCGUAUGAGCUGGAGGCUGCCUUCCUGAGCGGAGCAGCUAAGGACUUGGAUGAUGGCUCCGGCAGUCCAGACUCUCUGCAACCAGGGGGUUCCAAAAUCAGCCUCCCCAUCCAAAGCCUUAGCAACUCAUUCAACUCUUCCUACAUGAGCAGUGACAAUGAGUCAGAUAUUGAAGAUGAAGACUUAAAAUCAGAGCUGCGGCGGUUACGGGAAAAGCACCUUAAAGAGAUCCAGGAGCUGCAGAGUCGCCAGAAGCAGGAGAUUGAAUUGCUUUACACAAAACUGGGAAAGGUUCCUCCUGCAGUGAUUAUCCCCCCAGCUGCUCCUCUCUCAGGGCGAAGGAGGAGACCUACUAAAGGAAAAGGUAGCAAAUCCAGCCGCAGCAGCUCCCAGGGCAAUAGGAGCCCCCAGCUGUCAGGUAACUUGUCAGCUCAGAGUGCCCCUUCAGUCUUGCCCCCACAGCAGACUCUUCAUCCUCCUGGUAGUGCUCCAGAGACUGGGCAGAACAAUCUGUUACAGCCCCUUAAACCAUCUCCUUCAAGUGAGAACCUCUACUCUGCCUUUACCAGUGAUGGUGCCAUAUCAGUACCAAGCCUUUCUGCGCCAGGCCAAGGCUGUGCGAAGUUUAACUGUGCAUCUGAGAGGGUGACGUUCAAGCCUGGUGGCAGGAGGACCCGAUUUCUGAGGAAGAUGGUGAAAAAAGUCUGUCCUUGCAACCAGCUCUGUAGGACCAGCAGCACUAACACAGUUGGGGCUACAGUGAACAGCCAGGCACCCCAGUCUCAGCCGCCUGCUAUCUCCUCCAGCCGAAAAGGGACCUUCACAGAUGACCUGCACAAGUUGGUAGACAAUUGGGCCCGUGAUGCCAUGAACCUGUCUGGCAAGAGAGCUGGCAAAGGACACAGCAACUAUGAGGGUCCUGGAAUGGCAAGAAAGUUCUCGGCACCUGGCCAACUCUGUAUAUCUAUGACAUCCUCCCUGGGUGCUACACCCAUCUCUGCAGCAUCAGCUACCUCUUUAGGUCACUUCACAAAGGCUGUGUGCCCACCACAGCAGUACAAUUACCCGGCAGCAUCCUUUGCAGCUCCAUGGAGUGGGACAGGUGGUCCAGCACAGCAGUCCCUCGGCCAGUUCCAGCCUGUAGCUGCUGCCUCUUUGCAAAGCUUCAACAUCGGCAGUUUGCAGAAAUCUAUCAGUAACCCCCCAGGCUCCAACUUGCGGACCACUUAGCCACACCCAGAGACCAAGCUGGGUAGACCCUGGGACAGGGAAUGAGGCCUGUAUCAAUUACUAGUGCUGCAACGAACUAGCUGUUUCUGCCACAGUGGGAAUGAGCUUCCCUUGUCCAACCAGUGCUGUCAGCUCUCUGUAAAGAGCCACAAAUCUCAAGGGGGAGGAGGGUAAUGGGCAACUUUGAUGGGACAGUGCUUCUGACUAGAUGCUCCUGCUCGUGUGACAAGCGAUGAAGAUGGAUGUCAUUUAGUCAAAGGAAUCUCGCUGUAAAACUCAGUUCUUGGUUUGAGUCUGAAUCCACAUGUGCUGGUGGGAGAGUUUAGUCCUAGUUCAUGGCUUUAACACAUUUCUCAUCUUGCCCUGAAGAAUCGAGACCAGGAGAGGAGCUGUCCAAAUCCCCCUCCUCUUCCUCUCUCUAAACAAUCGUCUUUGGCUCCUGAGUGGUGGGGGACACAAAUGGACUUGCAUUGCAGCCCAUGCUUGAGAUAGGUCAUUACUGCUUUAAGUAAAAGAUAUUAACAGCUUCAACAGCAGCAUUAGAGCAAUUUAAAUUGUUUAAAAAAAUUUAAAAAGUUCCCAGCGGACAUGUACUUACCAUCAGUUUUGAUGUGGAAACACUGUGAUAUAUAAAUGUUGUUGGACAACAGUAGCUUAAAAUGAGUGGAAUAUAGAGGGUUAAAAAAAGUUAAAAAGUAAAAAAAAUGUAAAAAAAGCUAGCUAUAUCCUUAUACUUAUUGGAGACACUUUAACUUUUUCCUUUGUAUUUUCAUUGUAUUAGAUAAAUAAAUGUGAAUGUAAAAUUGUAUAAAUUAAUGUACUUGAAUACUUGUCUGUUCUCCCAGUAUGCUUGCUGGAUAUUUUAGUGCCUUGGACUUUUAUUGCUUCUGCAGUUAGCAUCACCUUCCCAGCAGACCCCAGGUGAGAGAGGGCAAGCUAAGAGAAGAAUGGAUUGUUUGUACCUAGUGACCAGGAUACCAAAGGGUCAACAAGUUGGAUGUGUUAUAGUCAUAAUGUAACAGUCUAGGGUAGGUGUCAGAGAGGAAGCAGUUGAGGCUGUAGGUUGAAAGAGUUCUGGUGCUGGGGAAAGCUGCCCAGAUGAACACAUUUCAGAAUUGAUGAGUCAAUGCUGAUGUGACUGGGGGCAGGCUGGGGGAGGGACAUAGGCCACGGACAAAACUAACAAACGCUGCCUUGAGACUUAAUAGGGCUGGAUCAAACUAGAGGGUGGGGAGAAUGUGUGUACAUAUAGGAGAGGUUCAACUUCAGAUGUGGUUUGACUCAAGUUAGGAAGGGGUGACAAGGUGUGGUAAGCAUGUGUGCAUGAGGGUGGAGCCAUUGGUUUUUGUGGAGUGGGUUGUCUGCUGGGACUGCUUUUCUUACCUUUUUUUUCUAAUCCAUUCGUGCCAGGAGUACGCUUUCCUGGUGCGACGUCCAUUGCCGGCAAUGGAUGCACUUGAAACAGCCGGCAUCAAGGAAUUCCCUCUGUGUUAUGCAUGCAGAGGACUUAAUUUUGUUCACUCUAAAAAAAUUUCAAGCUGGUACCAGGACCGUAACUAACUGUGCCACCUGAGUAUAACUGUACUGUACCUUCUGCUUAGUUCAUUCUCUUCCCUUCUUCAUACUUACAAAUACUGGUUCCCUGUUCAAAGUAAUAAUACUGCAACCAACCAGUAUUACUUGGUGUAGUGCUGCAACAAGCUGUGAAGGUCAAAGUACUGCUUCCUGGUACUUGAGAGUAGUUCAGUGGCAUCCUGGAAGCGUGUGCAUCAAAUAAGUCUUUUUACUUGUCUGAAUUUUCUUCUGUGAGUAAUGUUUCCCUGGGGGGAGAAUUAAUUUGGGGUUUCUACUUUCUUUCUGUGGAUGUUUCACAUUUUACCUAUAAAGCCCCCAAAGGCACAAGAUCUGUCUGUUUCCCUUCAUCUGGUUUUGAUGUUUACAACAUCUUUGUUUGUCAGCAAGGGUGUAGGCAAACUGAAGAAGUCCUGGCGGAUGAAAGAUAGUGGCCAGAUGACUGGGUUCCAACAGUUUCUCAGAUGUUUGUGAGUGGCUUCUUCCUCCUUUAAUUCCUUUUAACUAACAUGUAGGCUCCAUAAAACUACAGGAGGAGAAAGAGGGCUCACAGUUGUAUGUGUGAUGGGAAGAGAAGGAGAAAAGGGGACCCUGCUGGUAAAGUUAAUCAGAAAGCCUCUGCUUUCUACUUUAAAUGGGUGAGGAGAAAAGGUUCUUGGAUACACCAAAUAUGGGAGAGGAAAAGUGUCCUGUAUAACAGAGCAGUCACAGGCCUGAAGCAGUAGUGGGAGAAGGGCAACACUUCAUGGCAGAAGAACUGAUCAACUGAAAGCAGCACAUGGUUAUUUAAUUGAUUUAAUAAGUUUGAGGUCGGUUUUUUCUCUUAACGUUAUGCAAGAGCUGGUUUUAUUUACCAUUGAUUUCCCUCCUGUGGAUGAAAUAACUGAAGUCUAGAGGAAUAAACUAAUGCUACUGAACUGUUAAAUUAUUUUGUGUUUAAUAUUACACUUUGAGUAUCUUUUUUCCACAUAAAAUCUGUUUCUGAAUUUACAAAUGUUUUCUUUACAUUAUUUAACAAUGUACACUGUAAAAAGGCAAAAAAAGAAAAAUAAACUGAAUUCAAACUCUGGGCUUCCCUGGCCGUAGUUAGUUGUAUGUUUUGCACUAAAUCCAGGCAUUGCGCUUCUUGUAUGAUUGCGCUUUGUGCUGCAAUUUGUUACCUUUGUAGAAUAUUUAAUGAAAUCAUUCAAAUAAAACAAACCUGCUUUUGUUGAA